AUGACUGAAGCAAGUGGUUAUAAAUAUGGGGAGUUACAGAAAGGAAUUCUCACCAAGAUAAGUAAGGAUCUUGUGAAUAUUAAAAAAGCUCCUAAAGAGCGCAAGACUGCAGCAUACUCCUCAGUUCGCCUUGCUAAGCUCGAGGCUGAUAUGGCUACGUCCAAAGUCUACCACGAAGCAAUCAUCGGUGGGGGCAAGUUACAGGAAAAUUUGAAAAAAGAAAAUUUGCUAGUGGUGUACGACCAAAUCUAUGAAAUCUAUUUAGAAUAUGAAGCAGAGUUGGUUGAGGCAGUGGAAAGGGCGAAGUCGGUAGCUUCAAAUGAGACAAAAACUAUGGCUCCGACAAACUUUUCAGCGGCUUCAUCAUCACAUUCAGCGAUUCGAUUGCCAAGAAUAGAUAUGCCUAAAUUUGAUGGUUCGUAUGUGGCUUGGCGGGAUUUUCAUGGUAGGUUUCAGUCCAUUGUGCACAAUAACACUAGUAUUGAUGAUAUCGAUAAGUUACAUUUUUUGCAAUCUUGCUUGGUUGAGGAUGCUCAUCGGUUUUUGCAAAAUCUGUCGGUGGAGGCUGCAAGCUAUGAUAAAGCUUGGAAGCUUCUGGAGGAGAGGUAUGACCAUAAACGCAUUCUGGUGCACAUCCAGAUGCAAGCCCUUUUUGAUCAACACUCCUUGCCACGGGAAACUGCUUCGGGUAUUAGGGACUUUUUGCAUACCACCAGAGAGUGUGUCCUUGCUCUUGAGAACUUGAAAGUACCGGUGUCUUCAUGGGACAUCGUGUUGAUAUGGUUUCUUCUUCAAAAAUUGCCAAGCUCUACUAUAAAACUGUGGGAAGAGAAAUUAGGUAGUAAAGAACUUCCAACAUUUAAAGAAUUUACAGACUUUUUGGAGAUUAGACUCCGCACACUUGUGGUCAUGGUCCAACAUGAAUCCGGAAGGAGUCAAAGCAAAGACGAGGCUACCACCAACACCAAACGUUUCCAACCUCCCAAGACGAAAGCUUUGCAUGUCAAGCAAACGGCCAAGCAGUCAUCCAAAUUAGCACCGAAGACAUCACCUGCGGAACGUCUUGUAUGCAAACUGUGCAAUCAGGGUCAGCAUUCGUUGUGGAAGUGCCAGCAGUUCCUGAAUACGGACUACUCAGGACGAAGAGAUUUCAUUCAUAGACUUAAGGUCUGUGAAAACUGCCUUUCAUAUGGACAUUUGAUUCAGGACUUCUACAGUUUCAGCUGCUGUCAUUUCUGCCAACAAAGACACCACUCGCUUCUGCACUACAACACGUUCCAACAACAACCCCAACACACGCAACAACAACAACAACACACGCAACAACAACACACGCAACAACAACAACCACGACAACAACCACCACAACAACAACUACAACUACAACAAUACCAUCACCAACAACAUAAUAAGGCUGGCACAUCAGGGCUGCUGCGACAGUAG